AUGCACGUCCCCUCCUCUCUGGUCCUCUUCAUGGCUACCGUCGCCUCCAGUUCAGUCAAGGAAUACGCUGGUGGUGAAUACAGCAUAUCUAUGCCUGUCAUGCCAGGGUUACGCUGCAGUGACGCCAGUAUCUCAUGCGGCGAAAGCGACGGGAUCGUUUCCCGGUUUUGCCUCGAGAGAAUGGAUGAAGGCUUUCGACAAUGCUGCAUGAGCAAGUGCCCGUCUGCUGGCAAACAACCCGACCGUUACUGCAGCGCGAUCAAUGUUCCGUGCGACGGACUCGACCACGACGCGUCCUCGUUUUGCAGCUGGCAGAAAGAUCCUAGUGUCGAGUUCAAGGACUGCUGCUUGAGCCGUUGCGCGAGCGCUAGGGUUCCGCCUGGCUACAAAUGCAGUGACUCCGGUGUUCACUGUGACGAGCUCAACGUCAAGGCCUCUUAA